AUGGUCACGCUGAAAUGUGCUGCUGGUGUUCUCGCAGGUGUCCCUGACCUAACGCUAGAGAUCAUGUCCGCGUUUGCCUCGUGCCUCAAGCCUAUGAUAAUGUGCCUCCCGGUGACGUCCAAAGUUGGGCCAAAUUCCGAGGCGUUCCGGAUAGCCAAAUUGGGGCCGGACGUAUGUGGUGAUAUCGACGAACUUGAUGAGCUGAUGCGCAGCUGUGACCUGGGACUGGAACGCUACUGGUCAACACUAGUUCUGCGGGUUUCGGAUGUAGGUGAUCCAGAAGCCAGCUACGCCGUAUAUCGGAUAGUAGAUCUGAACCUGUACGUGAUAGCGGCACGGGGUGAAAUUUUGAAAAAGCGGAUGAAACGUGGUGGCGUGGGGUUAUUUCUAAACAUACUUGGGGUGAUAUUCACGGGAACCUCAUAUGGAAAGUCUGACGAUGUCAUGAUUCAGCUUCCAUGUAUAAUUCAAGAAUCAAAAUGGUCUUCCCUGUCGAUAAUUCGGAAGCGAGAUGUGACCGUCAGCAUUUUGAAACGUCACGGUGUUAUCGAGGACGAGAGAAGAAAAGAUAAGUUUCCGAGUCGUGGUAACAUCGCCUUGACUCUUACUAGGGCGGUUUGGGAGGGAUUUAGUAGGGGGUGCCAGAGUUAUAAAAAAUGCGACCAAGUUCCUGUUGGUGGAAUGUUCGUUGUCCUUGACGCGGUUCUGCCACUCCCGAACUUGAGCUUGGAUCCUCAAAGACAAUCGCCCCGUCUGACUCUUCCUGGACGUACCACCAUUAGCACCUUUGCGUACACCACACAGCCAAAAUUUGACUAUAGGCUACUAGACACCAUGAAGAUCCAGUUCACCUACUACCUCACCAUCCUUGCCGCCGCCGGGGCGAAUGCAGCUCUUUCUAGCACAUGCACAUAUGAUUGCCUAGAUCCUGAUGCUUCCGCUAGCUGCGGUGCAGGCUGGGGACCCGUCUGGGACCCUAGCCUCAACUGCAAAAUCUGCUGCGCUAACUCGUUGGAGUAG